CUCUUCUUCUCCUCACUCCAACUAACAACCUGUUUGUAUAUCUCUACUCUACGGAAUUCCCCGUCUGACUUUUGGCAUUCAUUCCUUACGCUCCACACCACUAGUUUUGGUUUGGUUAGUCUGACGCCACUGCUUGCCGGCGCUUGAAAAAGGGAAAGAGAGAGCUUCCCAAUCCCUCCUUUGUUUACAUUUGUUCUGUGGCGAUGAAGAGGAAUUCUGGGAACUGGGUAAUGAACUUGCUGUUGGUAGUUGGGAUGGCAUUAAUGAUGCUACUACUUAACUCGUCUGCAUGCAUCAGCGCAGCCAGAUUACCUUUUCCCGAAGCAGCCUUCGGCGUGCACACUGACACGAUGGUGGUGGCAGCAGAAGGAGAAGCAGCAACUAGCAGCAGGAAGCUUCAGGAGCAUUGGAAAUCCGAGCAGCAGCAGGAGGCAGAAGAAGAAGCAGGGGAUGUUGGGCUGGAGGAUUACAGGCCGAUAGAUCCAGUGCCAAGCUCAAAGGCGGCAGUGAAACCAGCCCAAUCGAACAUGGGACUCCACUCAACCCAUUCAUCCCCAGAAGCCCGCCUCCUACCCCUCCCCCGUCCUCUUACUGAUUUAAGUGAUUAGCUCGCUCUACAACUUUUGAUUGCUGCUUAAUUAUGUUCGUAUUAUUGUGAUAAUUAUUAGAUAUGAGUAAAACUGUUCCACUUGGAGAAUAGACCAGACUACCC